CAGUGUGAUCCUUAAGGUUUAAGGUCGAUUUCAAGGUUAAUUAGAGUCGACUUCAUAGAGGUCCCAUGGGUUGUAAUGAGUUUUUAGAUGUGGAUGUUGUGGAUGAGUUGCAGUCUUAUAUCGAACGUCAGAUUCAUAGUGUUGAAUCGAAGAAGAAUUUUAAUAGCGUGACUGCGCUUGGUGGGGGUAAAUUAAAAGUCAGAAUAACAUCUGGAUUUUAUUUAGUAGACCGUCAUUCAGAAAAUAUAGUUUCUAAAGCUGUUAAGAAGCUUUCAUGUGAGCUUGACCAAGUUGUUUCACAUACCUAUAGCCGUCCAGAUAGUGCCAAUAUAAGGAUAACGUCCAUUAUACGGGAUUUUGAGAAAACAGUUACCGAUAUGUGUAACCAUUACUCUGGACAUGUUUCAAAAUUGAGAAAUCAUCCUCUCUCAUCCAUUAAGCUAGGUAGUGUUUAUGCUUGGGCACGUGAGCAGUCCGGAGCUAACUUUAAUGACCAUCAAAUAUGUUCAGAUCUUAGAAAAAAUCGUUUGCGUUUAUGUCAAAAGUUGUCACGUUUGGUACGUCUAUCUAAGUCAUCUAAAGAACAGAGUCAACGUCAUCCUCUACUCGUCAGUCUGCGACAUGACCUAACGAAAAUAAGAUUACGUGCAACAGGGAAAGUAUUUACAGAAAAGCCUGUAAUUACGACACUUCCUUCAGACAGUACCUUUGCUUCGUUUGAAAAACCCAUUAUCCAAUCGAAACUCGCGGUUGUAUUUGAAAGGUUGGCUGACCAAAUAACGGAUCUUCUUCUCCCAAUUUCACAUCUUAUUCCAGGUAUUUCAAUCGUAAAAUGUGCCGAUGAUGCUGCAAAACGCCGAGAAAAUUUACGUGCACAAGUAAUCUUAGCUAUUCACGGAUUUUAUUGUCAUUUCAAUGAGAUCACUGAAGACAAUACAUAUGAAUUUAAACAAAAUAAUUCAGUCAUGAAUGAUGAUCCUAUGAAUGGAAGUUAUGACUUAUCGGAUAGAUCUGAGUCUAGUUCCGAUGAUGAUGACAUUACUGGGGCAAAGUUAGUAGCUCAACUAAGUCCUGCUAUAGUCCAAGCUUCACUUGAUCGAUUUGAUCAUUUUAAUUGGAAUAAACAAAAACAACGAUCUUCAUCAAAUCGUUCAAAAGAACAAACAAUGGAACUGCAAUCUAUCAACAAUAUACGACAACCUACUUCCAGUUAUGUAAAAUCACUAAAUGUAAAAGAAAAGAUGAAAUUAACUCAAUCUACAAUGGAUAAUGGAAAUGUUGAGAAACUGAUAGAGACAAAUGUUGAAGGUCGAUUGAAUAACGAUAUUUCAAUGGAAUCAGAUUCUGAGAUUAUUCGAACUGAAGAAGAUGAAAUAAAAGGGAAAGAAACAGAAGAGAAUAAUCGGAUUGAUGCUGACAAGGAAAAACACAAUAAAACAAUACAGCAUUUCAAUAAAUCAACGAAAUCACAUUCUAAUAGUAGUAAAGUGAGUAGUAGUGGAUUUACACGAAAACAUACAAAUCGAUCACUUCGUUUACGUCAUAGUCGAACACCAUCUGAUGCAAGUUGUUCCGAAGGUGAAGUAUUGUCUGAUACUGAAGAAGAUCAUGACUUAACUGAUAAUGAUGUUGUUGAUGAAAAAGAUAUUGUUGCUGUUCAGGAGAAAGUGAAAUCGAUCUCUGAAACAAAUUGUGAUCAUAAUGAAAAUUUAGUCCGUUUGGUGCAUAAUUCAUUACAGGCUAAUACACCUAUUAGUGAUGUUGACUUAACUGAAUUAGAAAUUAUGGAUGAAUGGGGUCCACCUACAUCGGUUAAUCGAUUAGACACAUCAAUUGCAUUAAGUGAUAUCAGCCUUCCAGCUGAAAAAGAGUUGAACCUGAUCACAACUGAUGAGGAUGAUAAAAUUACAGAUUUAUUCAAUGAAUCAUUAGAAUUCUGUGCUAAACAUUUACAUGAUUUAAUAAUAAUAGCUGAAACUAAUUGUCAUUUAAUGAGAAAGCCUAUAAAAAUCAAUAAACAAAAUGAUAUCAAUCAAACAACAAUUAAUAAUCAAUUACAACCGAAUUUUUGUUUAUCUUCUGAAUUAGAAGCUAGUAUUGAUAGGACAGCAACUGCUUUCAAAGAACACAUUAAUUCAGUAUUAACUAAUCUGUUACAUACUGCAUCAAUCUCGAAAUCAUCAAAUGAUGGAUCGAAAUCUCGUAGUCAACGUACAUCAACAAUCACAUCAGCACGUAGACAAAAUGCUCCUUCCCGACGUGGUUCUAGGCUUCGUGGUAUGCUAUUAGCUUAUCAACAGGAUGCUGUGAAGAAACGUUUAAGCUCAAAUAAUUCUGAAUAAACACCAAUAAUGAAAGCUAAACAAUCAUGGAUCAUGAUUACAAAAUGAAAACAAGUUUUCUGUCGUUUGUCUUUUCUAUUUCUGAAAUUUGGUUUCAUUACCUUUUUUUCUUACAUUUGAAGCAAACAUAUAACUCACUAUCAUCAAUAUCCCAGUGAUAUGCCUGUGAAUUGGGCGGGGUUUUUUGUAAUAUAUACACUUUUAUUAUUUAA